GCCUCCUUAAAAUUUGGUCUUCUACCCUGAAUCGGGUAUUUCUAUUCGUUGCUCGUUUCCACGCUUCACCUACCAACUCCCUCGUCUCUCUUCUUCUCUCAUUCUCUCGCCGCCGGCGGAGGUUGUCCACACAUCUCCGUCUUUCGCCUCUUCAGCAAGAUCUUCGCUCAGAAAGCAAGUGAAAAAUGGGAUUCGAAAAGAUCAAGGUCGCCAAUCCCAUCGUUGAGAUGGACGGAGAUGAAAUGACUCGAAUUAUCUGGAAGUCAAUCAAGGAUAACCUCAUUCUUCCAUUUCUCGAUCUGGACAUCAAAUAUUUUGACCUAGGCCUUCCUUACCGUGACGAGACUAACGAUAAAGUUACUGUUGAAAGUGCAGAAGCUACUCUUAAGUAUAAUGUAGCAAUCAAGUGCGCAACUAUUACUCCAGAUGAAGCUCGUGUGAAGGAGUUUGGCCUGAAGCAAAUGUGGAAGAGUCCGAAUGGUACAAUCAGGAACAUUUUGAAUGGAACUGUCUUUAGAGAACCAAUUCUUUGCAAGAACAUUCCUCGACUUGUUCCAGGCUGGACUAAGCCAAUUUGCAUUGGAAGGCAUGCCUUUGGUGACCAAUAUCGAGCCACUGACACAGUUAUCAAAGGGGCUGGACAACUGAAGCUAGUUUUUGUGCCAGAAGGGCAGGGUGAGAAGACUGAACUAGAGGUUUAUAACUUCACUGGUGAAGGGGGUGUUACGUUAGCCAUGUAUAACACUGAUGAGUCUAUCCGUGCAUUUGCUGAGGCUUCCAUGUCAACUGCUUAUCAGAAAAAAUGGCCUCUAUAUCUUAGCACAAAAAAUACAAUUCUUAAGAAGUAUGAUGGAAGAUUUAAGGACAUUUUUCAAGAAGUUUAUGAGGCCGGCUGGAAAUCAAAGUUUGAGGCUGCUGGUAUAUGGUAUGAGCACCGGCUCAUUGAUGAUAUGGUUGCGUAUGCUCUCAAGAGUGAAGGAGGUUAUGUAUGGGCAUGCAAAAACUAUGAUGGAGAUGUCCAAAGUGAUUUCUUAGCUCAAGGUUUUGGAUCACUGGGUCUGAUGACAUCAGUACUGGUUUGUCCCGAUGGAAAGACCAUAGAAGCAGAAGCAGCCCAUGGUACAGUUACACGCCAUUUCAGGGUUCAUCAGAAGGGAGGGGAAACCAGUACAAAUAGCAUAGCAUCCAUCUUUGCUUGGACCAGAGGCCUAGCCCACAGGGCAAAGUUGGACGACAAUGCUAGACUCUUGGAUUUCACUGAAAAACUAGAGGCUGCUUGCAUUGGUACAGUAGAAUCUGGGAAGAUGACCAAGGAUUUGGCUCUCAUUAUUCAUGGAUCUAAGCUUUCUAGGGAGAAAUAUCUGAGCACCGAGGAGUUCAUUGAUGCUGUGGCAAAUGAGCUUAAAGCCAAACUUUCUGCUUAGGCCUAAGAGUCUGUUUCAGAUAGGUGGGAAUUGUGAAACAGGAGGUCAUUCAGCUGAUGCUAUAUUCUCGAGAAGAAUAAACGGAAGGAAAAGAAUCAUUGGUCUCUCAUAUUUGGACCCUUUUCCUCCCUCCCUGUGUUGAAUGGAAGAUAUGGGCUUGGUUAUUAGCCCUGAUUGCAAAAACAGAUAGUCUUGUGUAAUUUCUAUUGAUUCCUUGGAAAUGGAUUUGGCCUUAUUUCUGUUGUU